CGAAUUAGUUGAUUUUCUAAUUGAAGUUUCACUCAAUCAUUGAGAAUUUGAGAUUUGUCUUUCUUUUAUUGUAAUCUUGUUAUCAACACAAAAUAACUAAAAUGGCUGGAAUCAAAGGUUUGGUGUCCCUGGCCUUUGCUGGUUCUAUUGGAAUGACCUUUGUUAUUCUCGCCUGUGCCUUACCACAAUAUAAACUAUGGUGGCCAUUCUUCGUGGUUCUGUUCUACAUCCUAUGCCCGAUUCCUACAAUGAUCGCUCGCCGUCACUCAGAGAGCACUGGAGGCAACUCGCCCUGCAUGGAGACAGCUAUUUUCAUCACUAUGGGAUUCCUCGUCAGCUCCUUCGCGCUUCCCAUCGUUUUGGCUCGUGCUGCUGUGAUUGCAUGGGGCGCUUGUUAUUUAACACUGGCAGGUAAUGUCAUAGUGUACCUCACCAUUCUCGGCUUCUUCACCAUCUUUGACAUGGACGACUCCGACUAUACAAUGUGGUGAGAAAUCUAAAUGUUGUUGCAACUUGAUGGACGAUCUUAGGCAAAUAAUAUAUUGUAUCGUAAGAUAAUGUUGUGGUUUUGUUUAUGAUUAAGUCUGAUAAUGAUACUGAUAGUGUAACGCGAAGGAGGUCUAUGAUGUUAACAACAUUCUUUCUUUUAAAUUCUAUGAAUACUAAAGCUGAGAAACAUCUGUUAAUAUUUAUCCAGUAUUUGGAGUACAGAGGGCUCGUAGAAAUAUAUUAAAUUAUCAUUUGAAUUAUUUUAUUGUAACAGUUCGUAUCUGCAAUGUUUGUUUUAAUUAAAGAUAAGGGCUUUGUUAAUGUGUUUCUUUGUUGCUGUAUGUUUCUGUUUAUCGACAAAGUAAGUAAUGUAUGCAAAAAUGGAGUUCUAAUAGACAGUGAGUACAAAAUUAAUAAACUGGAGCUAUGGCUAAUUUAAGAAAUAUUUGAUAAUCAUGAGGUUGUGUUAUUUUUUUGUUUUUACGGACUGUUACUUCUUGAUUGGUGUACUGAUAUUAUAUACAAAUAUACUUUCAUCCUUUAUGAAUCAACAUAAUUUAUGUGAAUUUUAUAAUAUAGCAUAUGUUACUCACAUAUUUAACAAACAAUAUUCUAUUUGUUACUAUUUAAACUUGGAUUAAGAGAAAUUUUAGUGUAAGAUAUAAUUGGAGAUAUUUUUUUAUCAUCAACUAAAAUUCAGAACAACAGUUAUCGAUAUUGUGUACAUUUAUGAGCUUGUAUCAUGAAGAUUAAUAUUUCAUGUACUAACGGAUAGGAAUACUUAACAAUUUUAUUUAAUGCAUGUGGCUGAGAAAACUUAUUAAGAAAACAGAGAAGCAGAUGCAAACUCAUGUCUGAAAACUAGAACAUCACUAAUUUUAAUGGUUUAUACCACUUGUGAACACCAAACGUAAUAAUAAUGAGUAGGUAGUGAUAAAUUUAGUGGAAGAGCCAUUUAAAAUUAAUGAUGUUUUUAGUAUUAAGGCAAAGGCUCUUAGAUGUAUACUGUAGUAUUUGGUACUUUCUUAAUAAAUGUAAAAACAGUGGAGUGAGAACUAUUGUAGUUAAGAAAUACCUACGUAAAAUCAAAUUAUUGAGAUGCAUAGUUUGCUAAACAUAAAUUUGAAAAUAAUCCAAUUUGAAAAUUUUUAAGUCUGACAUGACCAAAACUUCGAAUAAUGCAUGGGAUUGGAUACAAAAAGGUUGAAAAAGAGGUUGUGUGCGACAGAUCAGUUCUUUUCUCUACAAAGGAAUAAUCUUCAGAAAUUACACAAAGUUAUGCAUUAAGUUUGGUAAUCAAUUCGAGCCAAGCUUGUAUUUGUUGCGUUGCUUUAUCGAAGGCUGAAUAAAAAAAUAUUACGCAACGCACUGCGUGUUUAGAAACUUAUAGUAGUCAUUGCUUGUUAUAUUAACGCGUAAUGGAAAGUGCAACAACAUUCAAAAAUCAUUCCACUGUGACUCAACUCCAUUAAAAAAAAAAAGCAGGAAUCCCUUGAUGUAAUGUUAGUGGUAAAUCUUUAAUGAAAAUUAACUAUGUAUUAACAACUUGUUACAUUACUAUUGAGGUCUUCAAAAUUAAAACGUUAAAAUUACAUUCCUGUAAUGUAAAUUGUGUAAAUAUAGCAUUAGUAUCAGGUCACAAUAAAUAUCAGCUGCUUUAUA